AUCUCAGACUUCAUUUUUCUCAAAAACCCAGAAUUUCAAUCCCCAUGGAAUCUCAUUUCUCUUCUUCUUCAGCCUCUUCCACCACCACUUACUUGUCCCAAACCAUGCAACCAACAAAGGGUUUAAUCUCAACUUCAAAUUCACUUCCUUAUCACCAAUCUUCACUUCACUCUGUUCGGAGGCCUUCUUCGAAGCCAUGGCGGAAGCCAGCGGUGGCUCCGCUGCCGCCGACCCCGCCAAGAAUCUACAAAGUGGACCCCAUUAACUUCAAAGACCUUGUUCAAAGCCUCACCAGCGGGCCGGGGUUUUUGGAGGCUCGAUCUCUGCAGAGCGUUGCACCGGCGCCGAUUGAUGUUCAGAGAAAUGCCUCUGUUCUGAACAAUGUUCUUUCUUCUUCUUCUUCUUCUCCGGCAUCGAAAAUUAUUUCACCAUUUUCAGCCAUGUACAAGGACUUGGCUGAAACACUGGAAAUGAGUUCUACACCUCAUCAUCAGAAGGCGCAUGAUAGCAAUGUGGACCCUAGUUAUCUGAGUCUGAACUUGCAGUCACCUUCUUCCCAUCAUUGGUUUUCUUUUCCUCUGCUCAGCCCAGGAACUAUGUCCAGUCUGGAACAGAGCACAGUGCUUUAGGACUAUGUCAAACCCUAGCUAGGCAGGAGCCAGUUAUAUAAAUAUGUGAGCCCAAUUUCUAUAAAUUGUGGCCUUUUUGUUUUAAGUUGUAAGUUUUAACAUCCUGUUAUGUUGUAGGGAGUUUUAUAUAAAUGCGCA